AAACACAAGAUGCACACACGCCGACACAGGCUCACACACAAAGGACAUGCACAAACAGAGACACGCACAGACCAGCUAUGCAUAAAUGAAUCCGACUAUACUGAAAACCUCAGCACUUAAGGAGGGGAGCAGCUGACAAAGAACCAUGCCCCCUGUACCUCUAGAAGAACGUUCGGCUCCAUUGCCUCGUCCCCGAUCCCUUCCUCUACGCACUACAGUAUAUCCCUGUCUAGCACCCGAGGUCAGAGGUCUACAACCAGGCCACCGUGCACCCUCUCAUGCUGACCUCACUCUGCCUGGUCCUCUACCCCUUCUUCAACCAGCACGUUGGCCUAGGGAACCAUGUUCCCGUCGAAGGGGCUCUCCCCCAUCUCCCUCACCAAAAUCUUCUUCAUGCUUCCGAUGGGCUCUUCACCCACUAAAAUGUGGUUGUCGUGGUUGCUGGCGUCUUCUGCGUCCUCCGCGGAAAUCUGUGGGUUCAUCUUGCAGCUGCGAUCCAAUUGUGACUUUUGACCCGCAGUAUUUUGGAAGUUCAAAAGUCAGCUAUGAUGAAGAUGAUGAUUACAGUGUACGGGCUAUUUGGCCUGAUGAACUGGCACGCAAGAUGAUGUCACGGACAAGAGGUGGGAUGCUUGGGGGAGCACCACUGCUAUUAGACUGCAGGGGACUAAUGGGAAUAGGGGUAGACGAGCCAUUGCCACCACCACCACCUCCUCCACCAGCAUCUCCUCCACCCUUGUCUCCAGCUAGGACUUCGGAUCGUCGACUACAAAGUUUGUACCUUCUGCUAGAGCCCUUGAGUGAAAAAGAAAACACGGGAGAAGGGAGAGAAUUGAUUGAACCCAUCGUUGAUGAGUGUGUUAUGCAAACGGAGGUGACGCCGGCGCCACCACUCUCUCCCGACAUUGAGAAAACUGAGUUGAGCCUCAUCUUGCCUUUCCUUUUUCUGGGCAAUGAAAAGGACGCCCAGGACCUAGGGCGCAUGGUCACCCUCAAUAUUGGGCAUGUCUUGAACGUCACUACUCACCUACCCUUGUACCAUGUGGAGUCAGGGGCUCUUCGAUAUAAAAGACUCCCAGCCACCGAUAAUAGCAAGCAAGAUCUCCGGCAAUACUUUGAGGAAGCCUUUGAAUUCAUUGAAGAGGCUCAGCAGGAAGGAAAGGGAGUGCUAAUUCACUGUCAGGCUGGGGUGUCCCGAUCAGCAACCGUGGUUAUUGCAUACCUGAUGAAGCACACCCUGAUGACAGUAGGAGACGCUUAUAAGUUUGUGAAAGGGAAACGUCCUAUCAUUUCUCCCAAUCUGAACUUCAUGGGGCAGCUUCUAGAGUUUGAGUCCGAUCUGAACGCUGGGAUCACCCCAAGGAUCCUCAUCCCCAGACUGAGAGGUGUGGAGACAGAUGUAUAAGAUUUGGGUUGGGGAGUGAGGAAAAGUGGGGAAAGCGCAAAUAUACAUGACUUGUAAUAAACCAAUUGGAAAAGGGAUUUGCAGAGAUUGAAAAGAAUAGGAUGAUCUGAAGGGAAAUUCAGCAAUUUAUAAACCUAACGAGACAAAAAAUAUUAUAUUUUCAAUAAUCUGCAAUGCCAAAACCCCAAAUCCCACACUUUCCAAUAUCAGCAUCUUCUACAUCCUACAGGACACAUACACUUAAACCAAAUCGGACGUCUAAUUCUACAUUUCACACAACUUGCAUCCUCAGAACCCUGAGGAUAUGCCAUAUGUCACAAAAGGAUACAGAACCAUAUAUAGUCUAUAUAUAACUAUAGACCAAACAUGAACUACAGCUGAAUGUCCCCUUUGAAGCUUUCUCUCCUGGAGCUCCUGAUUCAACAUAAUGGACAGUUUUACAAAUAAGGAUCCAUAUUAACACAAAGAUGAAUCAGAUUUUUUUUUUUUUUACCUCCAUGAACAAUGGAACCUCUUAACUUACACAAUUGAAAGUUCAUGAGCUGUAAGAUAGCCAGAACCCAAACUGCGCAAUAGGGGUAACCAGACUUUAUCAUUCAUUAUUGUGUGCAACUGCUCAAAACAUAAGCUAGGAACAUGUUUUUUGGUUGUUUGGUUGUUUGUUAGUUUUGUUGUUGUUUUUUUUUUUCAAUUGUGGGUAGGUGUAGUCCAAAAAAAGUAAGACUUUUUUUUCCCCCUCACUGCCUUACAUGUGUUGCAGCAUCCUGCAACAAUAUGGAUAUAUACAGUUUUACUCUAAACUAACAUAUUUCUCAAGAGGUGGAACAGCUUCACAUACAACAACCCUAAAUCUAUUCCAAAAAAAAAUAUUCUAAAAAACAACUGCCCUUGAUUCCUGAAGAUGAGCAGUAGCAUUGGAAAAAUGACCAUUUCUGUGAUAAUUCACACAGUACAAAGCUUAAUACAUACAUGACUUUCACAUGUGUCACAGGACUAGACUGCACAUUCAUAAAUUCUAUGGUAGUACAGCUUUAGAUCCUACAACCCUUUAAAAGCCCCAGUCUGAAAAUUAACAAAAAGCUGUAUUCAUAGACCUCACAAAGUCCCAUAUUUGUCAGACAACAAAACCUGCUUCGAAACCCCCCAAAAACUACAAUCCUCAUGUUGUUGAUAGCCCCCAGACUAGGGCCAUACACAAACUGCAGACUACAGCUAUACAUUCACUUGUCCUAUGUGAUUUGUAGCCCUCUAACACAACAAAAACUGCCUCUUAAUAGUCCACGUUUCCAGGCUACAGUUUGCAAGAGUCAAAUAAGUCACGGCUUUCAAUGAUACAAAGCCUGCCUCCUAUACACCAUAGGAGAUGCAUGUGCAGACUUCAGUUAUACAAACAUAGUUCACAAUACUGCAUUCACAUAACCACACUGCACAAUACAACACAAUGCUUAGACCUUACGUCUAGAAACCCGUCAUUCUCAGACAGCACAGCCUCUGACUGCACAAUAUGUAUGCUUCUAAAGCUUCAGUCCCUGCAAGCAUUUACAGAUGACAAUCUGCAUGCCAGUGUCCCUUACAAGACGCCUCUAAUUUUUGACUAACUAUAACACACUCUAAUAAAUGGUUAGGUGUGAUUUAAAAAAAAUAUAUAUAUAAUUAUAUUUGCAUUCAAAAAAUGCUGUGCAGGCUCUGUCUAGCAAUACAUACACUUUGCAAUUUCAGAUUCACCAAAGGGUUAUUAUAGUGCAGGACAGUGUUUGUUUGUUUUUAACCCUUUAAGGACCGAUAUUUCCAUACACUGCUAACAAUCUAAUCUUUUAAAAUCAUAUUUCAAUAUUGUAUGCCUAAGUCAUUUAAUGGAAGCAGAGCUUUAUAUAGUUGCCAGUGCUUAGUAAGUAGGAAAUCUCACGCAAGCAAAAGUCUCGGUGCAGGAGAUUUUAUGACGGCAAAGGACGUAAUUGGUUCUUAAGGGGUUAAACCUACUAAUUUUGAAGUCAGAGAGAAAAGGAAGACAAAACAGGUAUACAGCUGUGGAUGCAUAAAACAAUCACUAUAAAUUUAUGUCAGUGCAGAUGCAUUUGCAUUUCAACAGGAUUUUUCCUUUUGAAAGGCAAAAUAAAUAACCUGAUCUACAUAUGUACACAAACUCUUAAUAUGCACACAUGCAUAUAUUCUCCUACUUUCACAUGCUGUUGUGUUAUAUCAAGUGUACUUGCAGACAUUGCAAAAAAAAAAAAAAACUACAACGUGUUAUCAUAGAGUUGCACUAAAUUUUACUAUGGAUUACAGUGCAUCUCUAUGGUUUAUUUAGGUUUUUUUUUCCCUUCAAUGACAGCAACACCUCCAGCACACCGUGAUGCAGGAAAUAGAAGCAUGACAUGAAAAAUUUAACAAUGAGAAAAAACAAUGCUCCAAUCCCAAUUUUAAUGCACCGUGAGACAGUGCAACGUAGGUGAAAUUUACUCAUUUGAAAACCCUGUUCAGUUCAAAUGUACUUUAAUCCCCAAAUAUUGUGGUAAUCAGAUUACAAUUCCUGUCCAAAAGUCUAACAACAUUUUAAUUUACAAAUGGUACGCCUUCUUUAUAGAAGAGAUAUGUUUAUACAUACAUAUCUAUGUAUGUGUGUGUGUAUAUGUGUAUGUGUACAUUUUUUUCUUAUCUACACAUUUUUAUGUACGCCAGAAUUUUUAUCUACUCAUACACGUACGGCAAAUCAGAAAAUAAUUAGACCCGCAAGCAUGAUUAGAAUCCCUGGUUACAAAUAUUCACCAAUAUGAAGAGAUUAGAGAACAUUAAGCUUGGGAAGAACAGGGUAAUCCUUCUUUAAAUGACGGACUUAGACUUGGUUGCACAGCAGAGAACUGGAACACACGUCGGAAAGGAGAGAGAAUGAAUGAAGCUAGGAUUUUUUUUUACAAAACAAAUGGACAAUAUUUUUUUAAUAAAAUAUUUUGCAACACAAAUCAUUAUGUGCAAUAAGGAUGUAAUACUAAUGUGCUUUUAUAUUAUACUGGGGAAACGUGGGAAAUUGAACGGAUAUGUAGCACCCUGUAUCCUCCUGCCCACUGGAGGGGUAUUCUCUUUUCAUCCCAGAACUGUGUCUUAAAUCUCUUCCAUGAGGGAGACUGAAUUACCUCGGGCAUUAAAUUCCCUUAUUACACUGUGAAACUGGACAGACUUUGAAAUACCCAAACUGAGGGUUAUACAAGGUGCCCCUUACAUCAUUGAACCCUGUGUUUGUUCCUUUAAUUUUUUUCUGGGGAACAUAUAGUAUUUAUUUAUUGGUGAACCUAAGCUAUUUAUUGAAAUAAAAUUGUUUUUUGA